CUCUCUCUCUCGAGGGAGAGAUUAAAGGAACAAAUUCGCUGUAGAUUCCCUCCCAAUCAGUUCGAGAUUUAGCGUUUGGGGAAGGUGCGGGGGUUGUGAUUCUAGGGUUUCCGAUUUCAAAAUUAACGGCUAAUUCGAUCUCCCGCGACGCGAGACGGAGGGCGAGGGUUCGAUUCCCGCGAUCGUAUAGGUUUUUUUUCCCGGUUCCGGCGAACGGGGCCGGAGCGAUGAACGAUCAGUCGCAGCUGAUCAAACAGGCGGCCCCGCCGAUGGUGAGCCAGGGCCCGGUGUUCAGCCAGCCGCUGCCGCAGCCGCCGCCGCAGAUGGUGAUGAAUCCGCCGCAGCUGCUGACCGCGUCCAAGGCGAUGAGCCAGCCCCAGAUUAGGGCCGUGAGCCUGCCGCCGCCUCAGAUGUUGGGUCAGCGUCAGUCCCAGGUGUUCGCGCAGCCGAUGUUGAACAGGGGCUACAAGCCGUGGCAGCCGCAGCCGCAGCAACAGCUCGGGAUGGAUCCGGGCGCCAAGUUCCGCGGCUCGAAGCCUGGGUUCGGGGCUCCGAAGCAGCAAGGUAGAGGUAAUUGGAAGGGCAAGAAGCCGAACGACAACCGUGUGGACUUGAGGAAAGCCCCGAAUCCCUCGGUUAACGCCGUCAUGGCUGGUGCAAUAGGCGCCGGAAUUUAUAAGCCCCCUAGCCUUAACGAGUUACAGAACCAGAAUUACAUGAAGGCUCGGAAGUUUUACCCGAAGAAGAAGUUUAAUAAUAGGUUCGCCCCUUUCGCGCCGAGGAACACUUCGUCGUUUAUCAUGCGGGCCAAGAAAUCCGGAGGGAUUGCGUCCUUGGUGUCCCCGAGCCCUGUCACCCCGGCUGUGCUGCCGACGCCGACGUUCUCGCCGACUACAGAAGUUUUAGGGGACACGGCAAAGGAGGAGUGGGGCGUGGAUGGCUACGGGUCGAUGAAGGGUUUGAUUAGGCUCCGUAACGAGGCAGGGUUUAGGGAACAUGAGGACGAGGAGGAGGGGGAGGAUCACGAGGAAGAUGAUAACGAUGGGUCUAGCGACAGUGAUGUAGAGGAGGAGAAGAAUAGCGUCCUUAGUAGGUUGGAUCAUGAGAUGAGCCGGUUCGAGAUGGUGUACCCCAAUUAUGGAGGUGAUUACAACAAUAUCUUGGAGAACAGGGUAGAUGAUCAGGAUGCUCACAUUGCACAACUGGAGGAAGAGAACUUGACACUGAAGGAGAGGCUUUUCUUGAUGGAGAGCGAAUUGGGAGAUUUAAGGAAGAGGUUGCAGCUCUUGGAAAGGAAGAAUCGACGUACGGAUUAUGUCAUUGGGGAGGUAGUUGAGAAUGUAUCUGAAAAUGACAGUGGAGGAGGAUCUGAUAACCAUGGAAUGGAAUGUGAAAGCAGGGAAGAGGUGAUGGAAUCUGGGGAUGGCACCGUAGGAGGUACAAACAUUGAUGCUGGCAAUGACUCUCGGAGGGAAAAUAACGGUUUGGCGAUUAGUGAGGGUGGGAGGGAUAUCUCCACGGACGAGUACGCUCCAAAACAAGCGGAGCCAGAAGAAGGCCAUUUAAAGGGUGGGGAGAUGCAGGAUGAGAAUAUGCCUGUUGAAGCAAUUACCAAGCAGGAUGAGGUGGAGAACAUUGGGCAACUGCAGGAUUUGGGCAUGGCUGAAGUCGAUGGGAAGAAGCAUGACAUCAAAGAUGAGGAUUUUGGAACCGUCCAUUCCGAGAAAAGCAUUGGCGAUGGUGACUGAUCUCGUCCCUCGUUAAUUAUUGAAGUGACCGGUAAGACACUGGAGAUAAAGAUGUGAAGGGCAGUCAAGAGAUGCUUCUUCACAGGCAUUUUAAAUCUCUCUCUGUCUCCCUCUCUCUGACACCUUUCCAAUGCAGUUGGAAUGGCCCAACAGGGUAAUUUUCACUAUAUAAGUGGAAAUAAAACAUCAAUACUGAUCUUCCAAAAUGGAAAGGAUAGAUGUCAUCUCUCUAAAGAUUUUUAAUUCAUCUUAAAAGACCUGGAUGUCCUCAGCAUGUUAAAGGUACUUGAGUGCCAGAGAAGAUGAGCAGACUUCAUGUGGCAUCAUGUUGAUGCACGAAAAUCAAGUUUUUUCUGGUGUUUAAUAGUUGUAUAGAUAUUCAAUGUUUACUCUUCUAGUGAGCAAAAUCAUAUUUGUAAUCUUAGCCUUAUGAAGUAAAUUCUGCAGAUUAAUGAUACCUAGUAGAGAAAUCAAUACCUAGUAAUGAAAUUAGCAUGUCCUAAUUACACUGUAGCUUCUAUAUUUGAUCACAGAAUUUAGCAGCCUGAGCUGCUUUUUGUUGCUUUAUGUCAGUCUUUCAUGCUUGUCAAAGCAGGUCCUUCAGGGAUUAUUCUUUUGGAAGGUCUGUCGGUGAUUUAGCCAAUGUAAGUUGUUUUCAAGUUCAUAUUAUUUCUAUGCUUUGGAGUUAGUUUACUUUCUGUAAAGUUGUUUGUUUGGAUUCCCCUUCUCUAUGUAAAGUAUUGUUGUGAUUGUAAGUUGAGAAAUUACUAAUCCGAUAGCUUAUUGUUUGAGACAUGCUUCAAGAGUCAAAACUAAACUAUGAGGGGCAAAAUAUUGGUGUGUCAUUGACUUCAUAGGUUGUUCAGUAGUUCACAUUGGUUAGCUUACAUUGGUUGAUGUGAAAAAACUGUAAGUAUAGCUGUUCAGUAUCUUAAACUGGGCAACGUGUACCCCCAUUUCAUUGUUUGCUCUGUGAGUAUGAUCUAAGAAAAUGUUAUUCUCAUCUUACUAUUCAUCACCAUUAUGGCCUUGUUUGGUUUGGUUGCGGGGAAAUGUCUCUAGGAAAAUACAAAUACCUUUGGAUUUAAAGGGUUUUUCGAAAUGCAAAUAGCGUUUAGUGAAUUGUAAUUUUAAAGUGCAUCAGGAAAGAAUUUUGGCUUAAAUGCUGUUUGGUAAAAUUACAUUUGUAAAGGACUUUUACUAUUUUUUUAAAAAAAGGUUUAUAUAUAUAUAUAUAUAUAUUUUUUUUUUUUUAAGUUUAGCCACUGGCAGUCAAAUCUGGCUGUCGGAUGGCCUUGCCUGAGGUGGCGCGACCUCAAGUGGCGUCACCUAGGUCACGUGAACCCAGGUGUUGCGCUGCACCACAACCCAGGGGACUGUGACCUAGGUGCUGCCUGAGGUCAGGUGGCAGUCGUCGAGGUCAGGGACCGCUGCAGCGGUCAUCAGCCUCCAAUCGGCUUUUCUAUGCGGUGGUCUAUGGAAAAGAUGAGCAGUAAACAAAGGGCUAAGACCCUUAGAACCCUUUGGAGAUGUAAUUGUAUUUUCCCAAACUUGAGCAAAAAACAAACCAAAUGUUAUUUGCAUUUGGCCAAGGGACUUUAGAGUCCCCAAGUCCUUUUGAAAUGUUGAGCCAAAUGGGGCCCAUCACAUGCUUCCUGGUGAAGUUUAAAUCUUGACUGAUGCCACCUAGAAGUGUGAAUGUUGCUGUACUUGAUGCCAUCUCCCUCCCUUACAUUUGAUAUUUUCUUUAUAAAUUCUGCAGUGAAGCUUAGUUGCGGGAUUCAAAUAUGGGGACAUUUGUUUGUGGGGUGUCGUAUUGUCAUCUCUGAUCUUACCUUAGGAGCGUUUGUCAAAAGCCUUGCUGGGAGGGUUAAUUUAUUUGAUGUCUUGUCUGUAAGAAUGCUUCAAUCGCUAAUUAGUGUGGUGGUUAUUUGAUAUCCAUUGGCAUGGCGCUGCAGUCCAACUGACCUCUUCCUGGCCACUUCAUAUUUCUCCAUUUUAACAGUAUCAUCCAAGUAAUCGACAUUUAGAUGAGGAGGGCAUGGGAAGAUUACGUCCUUGUGAUCAGACAUGGGAACUGUGAUAACUUGUUUCUUUGACGGUUGCAAUCAGCAUGAUGGGCAUGUCCUUUCUGGCUAGCUGAAGUGAAAUGUCUAGGUUGGCCCUGUGCUGUUAUGCUGAUCUGCUAUGCUGACUGCUUUUGGUUCGUGCACAUCUAGUUUUACAAAGCUACAUCUUUGACUUGCUUCAUUUUAGCGUAUCUACAACCAAGUUUGGCAUGCAUACUGGAACUGACGGAUGGUGAUGUUGACAACAUUUUGUCAUGUUCUGAGCUCAAGCGUUGUGUGCUGCUGCCAAUGUGGAAGAACGGUACCAGCUCCCCCUUGCUUUGUUCACAGUAAUUGCAUUAAUGGUGACUGUCUUGAUCUGAUCUCUGUGAUGUGAAGUUUCUCCUUCGGGCAGGUCCUCAUGUUUUUGUUAACUCUGCAAAUGGAAAUUGUGAGACGGAUGCAAUCCCUUUGCCAUUCUAUAUAAAAUGUAAGGAAGGAGUAAUUUUUAACCUUCGUUGUAGGUGGUAAAAAACUCAACAUACCGGAUCCAUCGGAAGCUUUGCCUUGGUUAUGUCGACUGAGUGGCUCAAUCUGUUUCAUGUGACUUUGGCAGCGGAUUCUUUGCUUAUCAGAAUAGAUGAGAUAAUAGUGAAAAACCGAAAGCGACAGGCUCUGCGCUCGGGGAAUGCCUUGUCUACUACGCUUGAGAAGUAUUGCAUUGAAGGUUAGGAGGGUAUAAUCGAUGUUUUCGUUUUGGCUGACGAGGCUAUAAACAAAAGUUGAUCGAUGAUCAAUUUUGCAUUUCUAGUUUGAUACUCUGUCCACCCGUGGUAGCGGCUUGUUGGAUCAAUCUAGAAAACUCCGUUCCAGGUC